AUGUCUCUAUAUAUUCUGAAAGUCAAUACUCAGAGAGAGAAAAGGAAAUAAUAGACUAUGAAAGUAAAAAAUAUGAAGAAUCUGAUACCAAUUCUGAGAUAUUUGUUAAUGAACAAAUAUAUUGUGAAUUACCUAAAUUAAAAUUAUUUGAGUUUAACAAAGAAAAUUAUAUUAAAGUACAAAUUUCAUUAGAACAAAAUAAUGCAGACCAAUUAAGUGAUGAAAGUGAAGAAGAUUUUGAUAAUUUUGA